UUUAUUAUUGCUUUUCAUAAAACAUUAUGAAAAACUUUUUUUUGUGGACUUUAACGAAACGCGCGCUGUUUAUGAAAGGAUGGGUAACUUUAGUUAUGAUAAGUAUGUAUUUUGCAAAGGCCCCCACGUGGAUUUAUUAAAUAAAUAUAUCGUGAGUAAACUUUUGGAUAAUUGGGCAACGGCAGAGGAAAGCUACUUUCCUUCUUCGCUUCGGUUUUACUUUUUCGUGCACGUGCUGGUUUUCUUCCACCACUUCAAUAACUUUUUUGAUCAACAAUUUGUUGAACUCAUGAAUAGCGCUUUAACGAAGGCUAUCGAAAAACUAAAAGUAGUGAAAGAGGAGCGUCGGUAUGUUGACCUUCAAAGUACCCUCUUCAUUAUAAAUUCUGCUUUCGCCUUUUUAAAGAAUUUUUGUGCGCUAGAAAAAAAAUGCAUUACUAGUAUAGAAGUGAUGGAGCCGUUAUUAAAAAAUAGUGACUUUUGUACGCUUGUUUUUGAAGACCUUUGUACCUUUUGCUUUCAAAUAAUAACCUGUAGUACGGAUAAGAACGGCGGAAGUAACUGCACGGAAUCAGAAGAACCUCGAUACUUAAAAGUAACGAAAGCCGAUGAAUUGGAACUCGCUUGUGUACCACAAGAUGAUAAAAAAACUUCUGAAGUUGGAAUACUGCACGAGAUCAGUCGACUUUGUUAUAAACUGCUCUUCAAUAUCCGCCAUAUGAGCAACGAAAAUUGUAAUGAUAACAAAAUAAAAGUUUUUAUAGAAACUUCUCUUGAAAAAGAACUUCAGCUGCAGCCUUAUUUUGUUUCGAGGCGUUUGUUUGUGUGGAAAAAAGAUUUUGCUACCAUGAAACCUUUGUUGGCUUAUUAA